AUGCCUCGUGGUCUGAAGAGUAAGCUCCGUGCUCGUGAGAAACGCCGCCAUAACAGAGCUCAGACCCAAGGUCUUCACGGUUCUCAGGCAGCUGAAGCAGAGGAAGAAGAAACCAGUUCACCCUCCUCUCCUGCUUGUGAGGAUGGUCCCUCCACCUCCGCUGUGGCUGGCACUGUCCCGGCCCCUCCAAGUGUCCCAGCCACCACCAGUGCCGCUGCAGGUGUUUCCUGCAAACGUUCUGAUGCUUUUGCCAUGUGCCAUGUUAAGAAAAGUAAAAAUUCCUCCCAGGCCUCAACUUCCACUGAGAGCUCUGUCCAAGAUCUUCUAACGACGAAGGUGAAUAUGUUGGUGCAGUUUCUGCUGUUUAAAUAUAAAAUGAAUGAGCCCAUUAAAAAGGCAGAUAUGCUGAAGAUUGUCCACAAAAGUUACAGGCAACAAUUCCCUGAGAUCCUCCAGAAAGCCUCUGAGCACAUGAUUGUGGUCUUUGGCCUAGAAUUAAUGGAAGUCAAGCCCAACAGUCAAUCCUAUACCCUUGUCCGCAAGCAAGAUGACACCAAUGAUGGGAGUCAGAGCAGCGCCUGGCAAUUUCCUCCAAGAGGGAUUCUGAUGCCUCUCCUGGGUGUGAUCUUUCUGCGUCACAACAGCGCCCCUGAGGAGGACAUCUGGGAAAUCCUGAAUAUGUGGGGAAUCUAUGACGGAAAGAGGCACGUCAUCUUCGGGGAGCCCAGGAAGCUCAUCGAAGAUUUGGUGAAGGAAAAGUACCUGGGGUACCGGGAGGUACCCAACACUGAUCUUCCACCCUGUGAAUACCUGUGGCGUCCAAGAGCCCAAACUGAGACCACCAAGAUGCAAGUCCUGGAGUUCUUGUGCAAUAUCAAUGGUACCGCCCCCAGUGACUUUCCAUGCCAUUAUGAACAGGCUUUGAGAGAUGAGGAACAGAGAGCCCGGGCCACUGCUGCCACCAUGGCUGGCACUGCCUCCAAGUCCAGUGGGGUCCCCAGGGCCACAUCCAGCCGCUAA